AUGACCAGCGUUACAAAGAGGUGGUGGACUAGUGAAAUGGAAGUGGAUGGAGAGGAGACGGUAUUCGGCAACGAAGAUGGCGAUCGCGAUAGCUGCGAUCCGCUCGCGUACGAUGUGAGGGUAGCCGCCUCACCACGACGUCGCCGGCUACUCCUAUCGACCGAUAGCGCCUUCGCCGAUACCGUGCUUCCUUCGUUGGUUCAGAACCCAUACAUCGAACUGCGUUUGAUUACCGACGAACCUUCGGCUCUUCUGACUGGCACGAACAAGAUUCCGCAUUACAUGGAUACGGUAGAUGGACAAACGUUUGAUAAAAAGACUGGGGCACGAAAAUGGCUGAAAGCAAAGACGGCUGAGCUCUGCGAGUGGGCUGAUAUGCUGCUUGUCGCGCCCAUUGAUGCUGGGGCCCUUGGAUCUAUGCUGGCGGGGUUGACCAACACCUUGACUUUGGCACUUUUGCGUGGCUGGGUCUCAAGCAAGCCUGUUAUUCUCAUUCCAGGGAUGACUGUUUCGGAAUGGGACAACCCGUUGACUCGCCGGCAGCUUGACGAGCUCCAUCGGUACUGGACAUGGGUAUACAUCGUGAAACCUGUACUUUGGAAGUCUAACGGGCCCGAGGAUUUGACAACCUUACCCUGGGACGGGUUGAAAGACCUGCAUACUACACUUCAACUCACAUUGAACAUACCUUCGGUGGCUGCAUCCAUGGCUGCUGCAUCUUCAACAAAGGGCAAAUCUGCCGCGUCUCAGUCAUCUUCAACCGGGGCCCAAUCAUCGGAACCCGGUAGUAAAAUUGGAUCAGCCUUGCGAAAUCAGCAGACUCAUUGGCCGACCUCUGAAACUAAAACGCAGUCUCUUCCAUUCGAAAUUUGGCUGAAUAUUUUUGAGGAACAGUUGGGAGACUGGGAAACUGCCAAAGCCGUUGGAAUUCCAACCCAUCUUCCUGUUCCCCAAGAAUGGCAAAGCCAUCUAUUGAAAAUGUCUACUCCUGCUUCCCUUGAAUAUACAAUUCUCCGAGGCUCCUUUGCCGCCAUAAAGAAGCGCAUUGAUGCACUACCUCGAUGGAAACCCUUGUCAGACCUUGCCUGUCAUCUUAUCGUGAAAUUCUCGCGAACGGAUAUCUUGUCCUACCUUACCGAAAACCACCUCGAUCUGUUGUGGACGACAUCCCGUCUCACCAACAUACCCUAUCGUGCAUCUGCAAUUUACGGAAACCCGACGGUUUUGACCUGGUGGCGUGAUGCUCCUGCGCUUCCCAACAAAGAGUACAUGGCCGAUGCCAUGGAUGGUGCGUCCAGAGCUGGCUUCAUCCAUGUGCUAGACUGGUGGCUCCAUUCCGGGCUUCCGCUCCGAUACAGCGAGCGAGCCCUCGAGUCCGCCAGUGCCGAGGGUCGAGUUGCCGUUCUUGACUGGUGGAAAGCAGCAUCAACUAACGCUCCACGCAACAAGCCCAUUCCGAUGAAAGUUGGCAAAUCAGUCCUUCUCGCCGCCCAGUCCGGUCGCACGGCAUCAUUAGCAUGGUGGGAUGCAUCAGGGAUUCCAUACAGUAAUGCCGAAAAUGUUGCUCGGAUUGCUAGUACACAUGGCCAUGUUCACGUGCUUGAUUUCUGGUUCCGUCUGAAGGGCCCGAAGAUGAUAUUCGACAAUCAGGUACUUGUCGGCCCAACCAAAAAUGGCCACGACCAUGUUUUACAAUGGUGGAAAGACUGCGGUCUUCGCGUCGAGUUCAAAACUUGCGACAUAGAAGAAGCUCUGGAAGACGCAGUCUCCGGUGCUGAUGUCCGUGUCCGCGCGUGGUGGGAACGCAACGGCCUCAAUCUAGGUCUUGGAACAAGGGAAUGGAUGAAGCCAAAGGUGCUUUAA